AUAAUCAGACAACUAAUAUUAAAUUCCGGUGGGCACAAAAUGGUUUGCUAAGUCGCACCUUCACAUUUUGACCAAACCCUAUCUAUCUCUUCGAUAAGACAGACACGGUCAAGUCACAAGAAACUUGCUGGUGCAAGUUGAUGUUCCAAUUUUAUCUUCCUAACACAUGAAUAUAUAAAGCCGUGUAUGAUUGAGGGACUGAGAAUUUCACAGAGAGAGAGAGAGAGUUCAGGAAUAACAGGAAUGGAGAAACAAGCAGCACCACCACCACCAAAUAGGAUCCUGAAAUUUCUACCAAAAGCUGCUUCUGCGGUCAACUUUCAUAACCUUGCAUUUAGCCCAGGAAGAGACAGGAGAUCAGAAAACAUACACAAGCACAAAGCCAAUGUGGGAAAAGGAGUUAAUCCUUGCAGGUCAAUGAUCCCAGUUGAAGUUAGAAGACAGCCCAUGAAUGAGAGCUUUGAGACCCAAGAAGAACCCACCUCACCAAAGAUCUCAUGUAUGGGCCAAAUCAAGCACAAGAAGAAGAUGAACAAGGCUACUUAUAAGCGUGUUUCAGUUCCUCAGGAAACAAAGCCUGUGUCACAGACUCAACGUCAGGUAAUGAAGCAUGCAUCUAAACUCAAGAGGCUGUUUACUGGAUCAAAAGCAGGAAGGAAAUCUAAUGCUUUUGAUGUUGGUAAGCCAAAACUUCCUGAUAGAGCACCUUCAUUAAGUCAAAUGAAAAGGUUUGCAAGUGGUCGUGAUACUCUGGCAAGUUUUGAUUGGACCGCUCAUCAGAUUGCACCAGUGGAACCUGCUGGCAGGGACUAUUAUUCUGAUGAAGAGAGGGGAGAUAGCUUUGAAGAUCAAGAAGAUGAAGAGGUUAUAAUUCCUUUCUCGGCACCUAUGGUGUUAGGUGGAGGAGUAGAUUUGCUACCAAGGAAAGAAGUUAAUCUUUGGAAGAGAAGAACCAUGGAUCCACCUGAGCCUCUUCGAUUGAAAUCCAGUAUGGUUAGAGCAAAUUAAUACCAAUCUUUUCCUUAAUCUGUUUAUGUUUGCAAAAAAAUUCAUUGUUUUUAAAAAAUCUUAAAUGCCGCAAGAUAGAAGACGUCAUUGAGAUAUGUAAGAUAGAUACAAUUGUUAAGGAUCAUGUACAAACUGUGUUCAUUGGAUCUUAAUUUGCUUAAGCUUACUUCGAGUUGGCUUGAAAUUAAA